GGCUGACGUCCAUACAAUUAGAGCGUUACAAUCCCUGUAAUGGCCCCUUUGCAGCAUCAGGAUUCGUCACCAGGCCCGUCAACCAAAUCCUGCCCAAGACUUGCUUUCUGAUACACGGCCUCGGUGUAAGACAUGAUUCCGACAUUGAAGGAUCUCUCAGCAGAGUAUUGGUGCCGAAACCUAACACGGAAAGUGCAGAGUUGUUGGAAAGUAGGCAGUAUACAGUAUAUGUAUAUCAGCUGCCUGUCUCCUACUCCUUAGGUGGGCACUUAUUCUCUCCUUACCCUCCAGUUCACGAAGCAACAGUCCCAGCCACUGAUAGACCAGGUGGCAGAACCAUGAUAAAGCUCCUCACAAGACUGUUUCCUAAAACCACACGCCCUUCAAAGUUAUCCUCAACCUUCGUUUGACCAUACCAACCGGUCUCAUCAUUCCACCAUCAUCCGAUCCUCGCCAUGAAAGCCGCUCGUGUUGUUAGUUGGGGUUCGCCACCUCAGUACUGCUCGGUUGACCUGCCUGCGCCUUCGCCUUCUCAGAUCAAGCUCAAAGUGAUGGCUGUUGCCGUGCCACCUCUUGUCCGUGGACGGGCGCUUGGCAAGCAUCCCACCGCCCAAGGCGCGGCCUUGCCGUUUGACCCCAGCGUCGACGGAGUUGGAAUGGACGAGGCCACUGGUAAACUCUACUACAUCGCCCCGAUGGCCGCGCCCCUCUUCACUGAGUACGCGAACGUCGAACGGAGCAACAUCAUCAAGCUCGGACCCGGCGCCAACCCUGUCGCCGUUGCCACCCUUGUUAAUCCCGUUGGCAGCAGCUGGAUGGCCCUGCGCUGCCGUGCCCUACCUGGCAGCUGCAAGAACGCUACUGUGCUUAUCCUGGGCGUUACCAGCACAAGCGGACGGGCUGCUGUUGACGUGGCGCGAUCCCUGGGCGCUUCACGCAUCAUCGGCAUGUCUCGCAACGAGGACACUCUUGCUGCUGUUCAGGGACUGGACCAUCGCGUCGUGCUCCAGGACCCAAUUGCCCUGCCCCCUGACAUUGGGCCGAUACACAUUGUAUUGGAUUUCGUUGGCGGACGCGCAGCAUCCGGAGUGCUAGCCGCGGCCAAGGCAGAGCCGGGAAAGGACAUUCAGUACAUCCAUCUCGGAGAUCUUGCAGGAGAGGAUGUGAUUCCGCUGCAGGCGCGAUUGUUGAAUGCCAAGCCGAUCCGCAUCACGGGUUCUGGCAUGGGCAGCUGGAGCAAGCAGGAUAUGAAGCAGGAGUUGGGUGGAUUGCUAGGUGCCGUCGUUAAGAUGGGAAUUCCCGACGGUGUUUUCACUGCUUCGUUGGCUGACAUCAGCGGAAUAUGGGAAUCUGAAGAUGCUAAGAAGAAGCGGUUUGUGGUGAUCCCCUAGGGAUGUCACGAACCAAUGCCUUCCGAAAGGCUGUAUGCAAGCCCUUGAUGCGUUAGCAUAGAUAUCUGCCGAAUACUUCAACUCUGCUCAGUCAACUCUUUACAACUUAAAGUAGCACAUUGCUCAUAAGUCAGGUAAGUACUUACUAUGUACUGUCUUGAAAGGAUAUGAAGGUUGUGCGGCAC